GCCAGGAACAUGAUGCUGAGGAUGAGGAGGGUGAUGAUGAUGAUGGUGAUGAUGGUGAUGUGACACCGUGGCCGACCAAUCAGCAGGGAUACAGGAAGAGGAAGGGGCGUGGCCACAUCAGCUCGGAGCUGAUCGAUGCUGAGGAGACAGAGGAGGAGGAAGAGGAGGAAGAAGAAGAAGAAGAAGGGGACGAGUAGGGAGGUAGAGGAGGGUGGGGGAGGCCUAGUCCGAGCCGAGGAGCUCCUUCAUAAAGGAGGAGGAAGAGGAGGAGCAGGAGGAGGAGGAGGAGGAAGAGGAGGAGGAGGUGGGAGGAAGAGGAGGAAGCGUCAACCUCAGCUGUCAUGGAUAAAUAUCGACCAAAGAGGCCGACCACCCUGGCUCUGUUCCCACAGCUGCCACAAGCUGGAACCCAGGACUCCAUCAACAACAACUCACUAGGAAAGAAGGAAAGCUGGAAGGACUCACACUCUUCCUCCCCUCACAUCACAGGAGAUCUAACGCCUCCAGACGUCCAGCCCAAAGCUGAGGACAAAGUCCGUCCCGGCACGCAACGCCGGCCGGCGCCAAAACCCCCGAAUGGAUCCAACAGCAGCAGCAGAGCCACGGGUCAGAGCUCCGCCUCCAACCCAGACACCAGAGCUCGACACGGGGAAAGACCGGCGUCCUCCAUGACGCCCAGGAGCCAACGGAGAGCAGCCGCAGGAGCAGGAGGAGGAGGAAGAGGAGGACGAGGAGGAAGGGGAGGACGAGGAGGAGGAGCCGCAACAAUGAGAGAGAGGAGCCAGGGGGAGGUGAGGGGGAAGGAUGGAGGCACGGACAGAAGAGGAGGACGACUGUGUGAGGAGUCCAGGACCAAGGACAGAAACAAAGCAGCAAACGGGCCGAGAGGCCGAGGAAGAGGAGGAGGAGGAGGAGGAGGAGGAGGUGCUAGAGGAGGCAACAGAGGAGGAAGAGGAGGAGGCGUCAAGACAAACAGCAUUCCCUCCAACCAGGAGGAGGUCUAUCUGCCCGCCAUGGUCGUCCCACGCACACCUGUGGCCCCCAGGAACCAGGAGAAGAACCAGGACCAAGGCCAAAACCAUGACAGGACCCAGGAGAACCCCCCCGUCCUCUCCCGGUCCAGCAGCGAGGGGGGGUCCAACAGGAUGUCGCUCAGCUCAGACACCGAGGGCCCCCCACCAGGGCCCCUGCAUCCAUCUCUGUCCCAACGGACCAACCCAGACAUCAGUGAGGAAGAGGGGGAGGGAGACGUGACUCCCUGUGUGAACGUCCAGAAUGGUCCGAGCCGGCGCCACAACACGGGUACGGACCAAACCAAGUCAGAGGUCGACGCAGGGGGGGACCGAGGCGACCGGGACACUCAGACUGUACCAAAGAGUGAGUCUGCAGCUGGUCUGAGCUAUGACUCUGUUAAAUACACUCUGGUGGUGGAUGAGCACGCUCAGCUGGAGCUGGUCAACCUCAAGGACUGUCUGCACAGUUACAACGAGCACAACGACGACAGCGACACAGAAACCGUCUAUCAGUCAGCCAACGAGGAGGAGGACCCGGAGUAUGAGGAGGCCAGAGAGCAAGAAAGGAGGAAAGAGGCGGAGGCGAAAAAGAGGAGGGAGGAGGACGUGAAGAAGAGGCGGGAGGAGGAGGUGAAGAGGAGGAGGGAAGUUGUGGCGAGGGUUUGCAAACAGCCGAAGGUGACGUCAGCUACGACUUCAGAGGAGGACGAGUGUAAUGGAGGAAGGGCCGUGGCUCCGAGGAGCAGGAAGUUUCUCAAUCUGUUCGCCAACAACAGCAGCCACUACAGCUCCACAGGUGCCGGCUCGUUCGGGGUGUUCUCCUGCGUUCUGGACGGCGUGGAGAGGCAGCAGAGCCACAGAGCCGCCUUCAGGUUCGUCCCCCGUCAUGCGGACGAGCUGAACCUGGAGAUGGACGACCCGGUCUUAAUCCUGGACCAGUCUGAGGAUCUGUGGUGUCAGGGCUACAACAUGAGGACCGGAGCUACCGGCAUCUUCCCGGUCUUCUACGCCGUCAGGGUGCCCAAAGACUUUAACCAAGUCCAGAAAGACAGUCUCACGGAGCAGUUCCUGGUUCGAUUUCUGGGUUCAGUUCAGGUUCCCAUCCACAGAGGCAACGAUGUUCUAUGUGCUGCGAUGCAGAAGGUGGCGUGUAACAGGCGGUCAGCAGGUCAGCCUCCGUCAGCCUGUGUGCUGGAGGUCAGCGUUAGGGGGGUGAAGAUCAGCGUCCAGGACCAGUGUCACUCUGCUCAUAGAGGUGACCAGUGUUUCCAUUUCUUCCAGCUGAAGAACAUCUCAUUCUGUGGCUGUCAUCCAAAACACAGCAAAUACUUCGGUUUCAUCACCAAACAUCCCGACCAGCAGCGCUUCGCCUGCCACGUCCUGAUGUCAGAGACAACGCUGCAUCCUCUGGCCGAGUCUGUCGGGAGGGCGUUCCAGCAGUACUACAAGGAGCACAUGAGCUACUCCUGUCCCACCGAGGACAUCUUCAUCGAGUGACGCCGCCCGAUACCCCCCCCACUACGAACUCACUAUGUGCAUGUAAGCCUGGUCUUACACCACCCUCUGCACCUCCCAUAUAUCUUCUUCUUUGCAUGGUGGAUCUCUUUUCUUUUCUCAGCUGUGUCCACUGAUACAGUUUCUCCUUCCUGAGGCCACGGGCCGAUACAGAUAAGGAUGGAGAGGAUCACAUGACUCCACCAAAAAUGUCUAAUAUUGAUGCAUUAAUCUGCAAAAAAAAAAGAUAUUUAUAUGUACGUAGAGAUGAAUAUUUGAUAUAAAACCACAGAGACAACCUUCAGGAUGACUUACACAGUAAUUACACUUUCUAAAAACUGGGUUAAAUCUGGAUCUGAAACAUUAUGACACCAGGAAGAAGCGUUGUGGCGUCAAGAUAAUUCAAUGCUCCAAAGAUUUUAAAUGACAUUAAAUGCUGCAGCUGAAACAAAUAAAUAUGGAUAAAUGGAUAAAGAUCAACUAGUGGUGCUAAAUGCUAACUAGCAUAUCUUAGCUUAGCUUAGCUUAGCUUAGCAGAGUGGUGCAGAGAAAAGCUUCCAGGCACAGAGAAGAUUUUAUUUAAUUAACUAGAUUUUAAAUCAAAUAUUUAAUCAGAGAACUUUAUUAAACUUAGAGUCAGUCUGUGACUUUUAAACUGAGCAACGUUUUUAAACCUUCAGACGCUUCAAACUUCAGUUUUCUUGCCCGUGUAAUUACUGUGCUCUGAGGAAUGAAGUUCAUUUAAUCCGUUUGUGAAACUGCUCUGAUGAAUCCUCGGUUUGAUUCGUGGAGCUCAGCCAGGUUGACUCUGAGUCCGUCCUGUAGCCGCGGAGAUGAUGGUUCAGAGAUCACAGUUAUAUACGCAAGACACUACACAACUACACUUGACCAAAGACACACACAAAACGUCGGCUGCAAUGAGGCAAAAUCCACGAUAAAAGUACAAAACCUGCUGUAAAAGAGACACCGAACAGCUGCAAAGAGACAUGAAACAACUACAGAAACACAAAAAGCAGAAAGAAUCACUUUAACAAAUGAAACAUUCGUGGUCUCUGCAGGAUGAAUCCUAGAGGACACAUCAUGGAGGCUCCAGGGUCCUGGGCUCCAGACAUAACACACAGAGACAGGAACGUCUUCAGAAAUGGACGUAUGUCCGGUGCUGAGGACCCUGGAGGUUCUAUGAUGUGUCCUCAGGGAUUCAUCCUGCAGAGACCAUGAACCUUUCAUUUGUUAAAGUGAUUCUUUCUGUCAUUGAAAGACGCAAAGACGUGAGUCUGAGCUCCGGGAACUUAAAUUAAAAUGAAAUAUUUAUUUAACUUUUAAAUUUAAACUCUUACAUGUUUAAGUUGUGUAGCUACUAGCUGUCAAAGGGCCCAGGAGACACUGGACGUCUGGUUUGGGAUUAUUUGAAAAAGGUUGUGAAUUUGUUUGGAGACUUGAAUGGUGCAUAGAUCUGAAGAAGAAUGAGGAGCUAAAUGCAGCUGCUCAUGUAAUCGAUUAAAUUAACUGCAUUCGUUCAACCUAAAUUAAAAAAGUUUAUUUCUGAUGCAACUUCCUAGAGAAAGAAUUAUGAGGUGGUGAAAACUCUGGCAGCACCUGUAGGAUAAGAUGUACUGAAAAUAAGAGUUUCCUUCUGGAACUGGUCUGAAGUUAAGAUCAGAGGAAAGAAUCUUCUUCUUAUUUAAAAACGUUUCCUGCAGUUUUAAAGUUUUUACAUAAAAACCAAACUCGUUUCUUUGCACAGAUUCUAAACGUUUCUGCUAGAAUGAGUCUGAGCCGAAGACUCCAAGACAAUCUGCUGCUGCCUCGUUUCUCUUUCUGCUGCUCUUCUCCGUUUUCCUUCGUUCUCUGUGACGCCGUAAAGUCCAGACCAGACCAGACCAGACCAGAUCCAUGAUGGGAGCGAGGUGGUUCACUGUGCACUCAUCUAACACUACGUCACUUUUUCUGUUCCGGUUCUUGUUUCCGUCUCCGGCUCAAAUCCACGACCAAAGAUCAGGAUGUUUGAGAGCGUUGGUUUCUGUUGGAGUUAAACAGAUUCGUUUUGAUGCUGAAGCUCCAGUCGAGACUUUUUAGGACAGUUUCUGACACGAUGACGUCUAAAGAUUAUUUAAAUCUAAAAUCUAAGCUGAGAUAAACUGAUCUGGACUGAACAUGUUUCUACA